AUGACCAAAGAGACUGAGACUCUGGGAGUGGUCUUUCAGAGCGAGAACUUCAAUUAUAACCGCUACAACACAAACUACGGCAUGGACCCCUGGUCUUACCUGGAUAGUGCCGUGCCCGAAGAGAACCUGAGCAAACCCAGACUUCAUCCGGGAGACGACUUGGCAGCCAUAACCAUGCUCUAUGAACAGUGCAAGAAGGAACAGAAGCUUCCCAUUUGCAGUCGAAACGGUAGCAUCUGCAAACCAACUGAGAGGACUUCAAGCAAUGACCUGGUCUCAUUGGAGACAUCCGCAAAUGUCAUGAAGAUCCUCUCUGAGAACGCCCCAGACAGCUACACACUGGGGGUCAUAGGAUCCAAGCAGAGCCCCUCCCUACCCGUCUCUCUGCCGCAAAAUAUUGACACCUACGCCACACUGACCAGCGUGGUGGCGGACACCGACAAGCAGGAACUCAACAUUAUCUUCGACUCUUUGCUCCAGAAGUGGCCGGAGACUAACGCGUUCCCUGGGACAGAGACUCUUCCCUAUAACGAGUCCUUCCCUGAGAACCAUUCCAGUCCUGUCUACUCAGGCUCAUACAUCGGCUCCCCGCCGGAGACGUACAAAAACGAGUUCCAGUUUUCUCUGGGCGCUCCCUCGGCCUCCCCUUACAAAUCUAGCGAGUUACCCAUGGUCUACCUGAACAAGGGGCAGUUUUACCCCAUUACUCUGCAGGGAGUGGACAACAGCGCCUGUGUGACUGCGACCAAAGUCAAGACGGUGGUGAUGGCCGUGUUCGAGAAUGACAAGUCGCCAGAAAUGCAGCUCCGCUUUUGGAACCACUGGCACGCGCGUCAGCCGACCGUCAAGCAGAGGGUCAUUGAUAUAGCGGACUAUAAAGAAGUAUUCACCGGCAUUAGUAACAUUGAGGAGGUCGCCUUCAAUGCCCUCUCCUUCAUUUGGAACCCCAAUGAAGAAGCAAAGGUGUAUAUCGGCAUCAACUCUCUGAGCACCGAUUUCUCGUCGCAGAAGGGCGUGAAAGGCCUGCCUCUCAACCUGCAGAUCGACACGUAUGACUUCAGCUCCGGGAGCAAUCAGCUCAUACACAGAGCUGCCUGUCAAGUCAAGAUUUUCUGCGAUAAGGGGGCUGAGAGGAAGAUGCGUGAUGAGGAGAGGAAGAGGACCAAGAGGAGAGGGAAGACAACCAAUGACGCCAAUGCCAAAUCUCUAGUAAGCAGCUCCAUGGGCAGCGACUGCACCUUCUUCCGAAUUGUGGAAGACCACAUCACCCAGCCGGUCCUUUUCAUCCCAGAGGCACAUCUGUCCAGCUUACAGCGCAUGGCAACGCCCAUGGACGAGAACGAAAGAACUUCUCGGAAAAGGUUGUACGCUGACAGAGAACAGAAUAGCACUCCACCCGGCAAACAAGCCCGCAGGGACGAUUCCAAUAGAGUUCUGCUGUAUGUGAGGAGAGCUGCCGAAGAGGUUUUCGACGCACUCAUGCUCAGCACGCCAACAGUGUCAGGCCUUCGAGAAGCUAUUUCAGAAAAGUACGGCAUGCACGAAGACACCAUUGGGAAAAUCUACAAGAAAUGUAAACGAGGGAUUUACGUCAACAUGGACGACAUCAUCAUCGAACACUACACCAACCAAUCGGCUUUCCUAAUCGAGAUAUCAGAGGUGGUCGGCGGUCAAUUCCAGGUCACUCUCAUCGAAGUAUGA